GCGCGGAGCGCGGCGGCGGCGGGAGCGACGUCGAGUGUCUCUGGGCGCACGUCUGUGCCAGGCAGCCAAGCAGCCUAGCAGCUAGUCAGCACGCCGGCGGCGGCCAGGCAGCCAACCAUGCUCAACUUCGGUGCCUCUUUCCAGCAGGCUGCGGAGGAAAGAAUGGAAAUGAUUGCUGAAAGGUCAAAAGAACACGUGUAUUCCUGGAACAAAACUGCAGAGAAGAGUGAUUUUGAAGCUGUGGAAGCACUUAUGUCAAUGAGCUGCAGUUGGAAAUCCGAUUUUAAGAAAUACAUUGAAAACAGACCCGUGACACCAGUGUCUGAUAUGUCAGAGGAAGAGAAUCUGCUUCCGGGUACACCCGAUUUUCAUACAAUCCCAGUUUUUUGUUUGACUCCACCUUACAGUCCUUCCGAUUUUGAACCCUCUCAAAUGUCAACUCUGAUGGCGCCAGCGCCAUCUACUGGACACUUCAAGUCAUUCUCUGAUACUUCCAAGCCUCACAUUGCUGCACCUUUCAAAGAGGAAGAGAAGAGCCCAAUACCAGCCCCAAAACUCCCUAAGGCUCAGGCAACAAGUGUGAUUCGUCAUACAGCUGAUGCCCAGCUAUGUAACCACCGGUCCUGCCCUGUGAAAGCAGCUGGCAUCCUCAACUAUCAGGACAAUUCUUUUAGAAGAAGAACCCACCUAAAUGUUGAAGCUGCAAGAAAAAAUGUACCUUGCGCAGCUGUGUCACCAAACAGAUCCAAAUGUGAGCGAAACACUGUGGCAGAUGUUGAUGAGAAAGCACGCCCUGCACUUUAUGACUUUUCUGUGCCUUCCUCAGAGACAGUCAUCUGUAGAUCUCAGCCAGCUCCUGUAUCCCCACAGCAGAAGUCGGUGUUGGUCUCUCCACCUGCAGUUUCAACAGGGGGAGUACCUCCUAUGCCGGUUAUCUGCCAAAUGGUCCCCCUCCCUGCAAAUAACCCUGUUGUGACAACAGUCGUUCCCAGCACUCCACCCAGUCAGCCUCCAGCCGUCUGCCCACCUGUUGUGUUCAUGGGCACUCAGGUGCCCAAAGGUGCUGUCAUGUUUGUUGUUCCCCAGCCCGUUGUCCAGAACCCAAAGCCUCCAAUGGUGAGCCCAAAUGGCACCAGACUUUCUCCCAUUGCCCCUGCUCCAGGCUUUUCCCCUUCUGCAGCGAAAGUCACUCCUCAGAUUGACUCACUGAGGAUAAGAAGUCAUAUCUGUAGCCACCCAGGAUGUGGCAAGACGUACUUUAAAAGUUCUCAUCUGAAGGCCCACAUGAGAACGCAUACAGGAGAAAAACCUUUUAGCUGUAGCUGGAAAGGUUGUGAAAGGAGGUUUGCCCGUUCUGAUGAACUGUCCAGACACAGACGAACCCACACAGGUGAAAAGAAAUUUGCCUGUCCAAUGUGUGAUCGGCGGUUCAUGAGGAGUGACCAUUUGACCAAGCAUGCCCGGCGCCAUCUGUCAGCCAAGAAGCUACCAAACUGGCAAAUGGAAGUGAGCAAGUUAAAUGACAUUGCUCUACCGCCAGCCUCUGCCCCCACGCAGUGACGGAUCAGAAGGUGAAGAAUCAAAAUUAACUUUGGUCACAGCCAGAGGCCAGUGGCGAUAUAAAAAAUGCUUCCACUGCAAGUCUGUGGCCCUCUAGUGUGGGCUGAAAGCAGAAGCCCCAGAGGCCCAGCCUGAAUUAGAUGACAGGAAGUGCUGAGGCCACAGGCAGGUCACAGAAUGGCAGAUUUCAUUUCUUAUCACAUAAGAGAGAUGGGAAAGUUUUAUUCUUUUGAAUAUUUUUUGAAGGUUUCAGAUGAGGUCAACACAGGUAGCACAGAUUUUGAAUUUGUGUGCACAAUUUGUUACUUUACUUUUGCUGUUAAUACUUCAGACCAACUUUUCAAUGUGAUUCUUCUAAAGCACUGGUUUCAAGAGUGUAGAGAUUGGAAGUAAACCUUACGGUACAGAGAUGGGAAUGGAAAAUUGGUUUGUAUUAUUACAAAUAUUGUCAUCCUCUCCUAGAGUUAUCUUGUUUACUAUUCCUAGUCAAUUUUGUGGACAGUGGUUAAAAAUAUCUAGAACUAGCAUUUUUACACUAUCACUGAUAUUUGGAAUUGAGUGGCUGUAUAUUGCAAAAGAGGGCCCAAAGAAUUGGAAUCCUCAUUAAUUUAAUUGCUUUGAGAUGUAGCUACUUUUUUUUUUUUGCAUUUUUGUUUUGAAAGUUUAACAAAUGACUAUAUCUAGGCAUUUUAUUAUGCUUUGAACUUUAGUUUGCCUGCAGUUUACUGUGUAGAUUUGAAAAUUGUAUGCCAAUAUGUUUCUGUAGACUAAAAUACAGUGCACUUUGUUUAGGAAAAAAAAAAUCUGAAUAUGAAAAUAUAUAUUGUAAAAAAGGAAUAUCAAGAAUGUUAGAUAACUCCUUGAAAAAGAUGACUUAUGGGUAAAGUAUCCUUAUGUUACGAGGAUAUAACAUGUGCUUAAUUAGAAACUUUGUGAGCUUUAUUCACAAAUGGAUAAAGGUUGUCUUGUUAAUUUAUAGGAGUUUGAAAGGGAUGUGGAACUAGCUGAGUCGAAAAAUUACUAGAGCAUUCACUUUUGUUAACAGUAUUUCUGUUAUAUUCUGUUGUAUAGUGGAUGAUACACACAGAGGUAAAACAAGAGUAAAUUGUUUAAAAUAUAUGGUGAAAAAUGUCACUCUGUCUUCCCGUUUAAUGUUUUUCUGUAUAUCGGGUUUAGAUUUUCUGACAUCAGAACUUUUACCCUUGGAAAACAAAAAAGAGUUUCUGCUUAAUUAAAAAAAAUCCUUGUGACUCUUAACAAUUUUGCACAAUAUUUCUUUUGUUGUACUUUAUAUCUUGUUUACAAUAAAGAAUUCCAUUUGGUAUAUAUAAUUGGUUGGUUGCAUUUAUUGAAGAGUCACUCUAACCUUGACAUCAGUCACUUCAGGUACUGUCCAAUGACUUAGCGUUUGAAUUUGUCUAAGGGCCUCAUUCAAAUUUAGAAUGUCAGGAGUGUGUGUUUAACAUGUAUCUAUACAUUUAUUGGGAUAAUAUGGGAGCCAGCCAGUUCUAAGAAGCCAAUACAUUUAAAUUUUUAAAAAUAAUUUUUACCUUUUGGUGAUUUGGGGUUGAUAUACAGCUCUGGCUCUCAGCAAUACCUUGUUAAGUAACAUUUAAGUUAAAUGGGAGCACCACAGUGAGUAACUACAAUGAAUGAGACUGCUGUGGCAAAUGAGAAGCCAGACCCAUUACGUUGAGAAUUAAUUGCUCACCUCUAGAAGUUAAAUUAACUCAGACCAUUAAGAGACGCUUUAAAUACGAUAAACAUACUGGCACUUAGGCUGCGUGAAAGGUAAUCCAUCUCUGAAGAGAAACACUUGCUAGCCACUCCAGGAAGAACUAGGAGGGACGAGUCCCUGAAGAGAACAUCGUGCUUGGUGAAGUAGAAGGUCAGCGAAAAAGAGAAAGACUUCAUCGAGUGGCUGCAACAAUAGGCUCAAGCAUAACAGCAGUGGCGAGGGUGGCACAGGACCGGGAAAUGUUGGGGUCGCUAUGAGUCAGAACCAACUCGGUGGCACGUAACAACAACUAGGAAGAACUAGGAUCUGUAGGUGCUACUAGUUGUGUGGAAUAUGAUUUUGUAGAUUACUAUUAUAGUUUGUUUUGAAGGCCCCUUGUCAUGACAGAACAUUUUCCACAGUGCCCAAGCUUAACCUUUGAUCCAGGGCUGGCUCCCUGUUAAACACCGGUAAGAGGCCGUGUACUCACUUGGCCCCACAUGUAGGACCAGCAUCCUGAGUCAUUCUGUGCAUCUGUUGCUACUUUUCUUGGAAACCUAACACCACCUAAGUAUGACACGGCUGCUGGAGAAGGGGGGCCUUUCUAUGCUCCUUGAGCAUUGGGAACCUGCAUCAUCCUAAUCUCCCCCAGGGUUCCUCUUGGUGGCAAGUCCCCAGAAGUGGGAAUAGAGGAAGAUGGCUGAGGUGUUCUCUCCCUGUCCCAAUGCUCAUUCCCCUGUAAUGACAGGGCCAAUGGAACUGUGCUGUCCCCUGCUGUGCUCUUCCCACUCCUAGUUGGCACCUGAGACUU